AUGCAGUUCUCUGGCCUAUUACGCGCAGUGGUAUGCGCGCUCGGGAUCUCUACCGCUCAAGCAAUCUCCAAUCCCGCUGGAACGGAUGUUUCAGUAUGGUCAAAAAAUCCAGAUCUAUCUCCUCGAGAUGUGAUGAGACUUAUUGGCCGUUCCCUCUCAGAAGUCAGUCAUCAAAAGCGAGAGACUGUUUUUUCAAAUUCAACUUCUUUUGAGCAGAGUUGGGAUGGAGCAGUCCUCCUAAGCUUGGAAUAUGAAGCAACCACACAAACAUCACAGGGAGAACUUGAACGUACCGUCAAAAUCGACGUCUCCUGCACAACCUGUUACCUCAAAGGUCAAGUUCUCGCAGAACUAACCAUAGACCGACCUUUCAACCUCACCGAAACCUUCAACAACUUCACCGAGCAAGUCGGUACUCAAGUCGGAAACGUCAGCGACGUAGCCGUCGAAUACGUCAGAAACUACACCAGCAAUGUAGCCCGAAACCUCGCUGACGGAUUCGAUCUCGACGAUUUAGAUUUACCACCCCUCGAUAUCGAUUUUAAUAUCGAUAUACCCCAGAUUCCAGAGUGUACUUUGAGAUUCCAGUUUGAUGAGCUGGAACUUUAUGUAGAGCUCAAUACGUUUUUUUCGGCGGGGAUUACUUAUACGUUGAAUUUAUAUGCUUCGAAGACGCAGUUUGGGGUUCAGAUCUCUCCGAGGCUGUUCUUUGGGGCUGUGGUUGUUGUUGAUUUGAUAUUGAGUGCUGAGGCGGAGAUUAAUAUUACUAGUGGGUUUCAUAUCAGGAUCGAUGAUGGUGCUGAAUUGAAACUCGGGUUAUUUGCGGAUGAGGUUGCUGAAUCUGAUAUUGGCGGUCAAUUCGAAUUCCUCCCAGUAAUAGUAGAAAGCGCAGGCGUAUUCCUCAAGGCCGUGCUCCGCAUCAAACUCCGCACCGGUUUCGAAAUCGCUACUCCAGAGAUCGAAAUCCUAGGUUUCAACGUCGCAGAAGCACUUGACGCCAGUGCCGGCGUUGAAGUCAGCGUCUGGACCCACAUCGCAGAACUAAGCACAAAUGUCACAAUCCUCCCAGCGGGGGACGAAACCGACGGAUGUCAAUUAAGAGUCGAAGAAGGCUAUCAACUCGGCAUCGGUGCCGCUGCGGGUGCUACCGUAGCUCUCUUGGAUCACACUUGGGGUCCCGCACCGAGUACUACUAUUCCUAUAUACUUCACAACAUUUACACAAUGUGCUAUACAAACUACUCUACCUUCUUCGACGAUAACUUCUUCUGCAACAAUUGCUCCGCGACAAGUUAGCGACGAUGGAACGUUGACAUCAAGUACAUCUGAUAGUCUGACGACUACGACGAUAACAACCACAGUCACGUACCGCGGUAUAGAAUGCAUGUCGUACGAUAUGGUCGAUUGUCCCGUAUCACUUCAAAGAACUACGAAAACGGAAUCAAGGAUUACACUUGUUACUUCCGUUCCUUCUGGCGUGGAGGCAACCUUCCCGGUCACGAUGCAAACGACAGGUGUUCAACCCAGAUCAUUCGGUACAGGAGUUCAGAAACUAUUCGAAACUUCAGGUCCACCUACCGCGUACACUCCAAGUGCGACUUCGGAAUCAAGGAUUGGGUUUUUGGAGGGCGAUAUCGGUGGAGUUGAUAAACGUAUCAUUCUCGGUGUGAGUAUUGGAGGUGGUCUUUUGGUACUAGGUAUCAUUAUCGGUGGCAUAAUUAUCUGCAUCAGACGAAGAAAAUAUUCUGCCGUUCCACCGCCAGGUCACGGGCAAGUUACCACAUCGUAUCGAAGUGAUCACGAACCCUACAGACCGGGUUUCGUCAAGUACGACUCGGAGCAAACCGUGUCUACAGCUACAACUGGAACUCGACGAGGGUCAUGA